UGGAGACUUUUCCCAGCAAAGCUAUAGUUAGGACUUUUUCCUAACCAAGUAGGAAAAUGAGUGCAACUAGUCUCUCCUGAGUGGCUUGGAGUGUCUGGCCCUCAGCUUGUAACCAUUCUUGGAACGUGUAGCUGGGAACUAGUCAGCUCAAAAGAGAGUCUAGAAAGAAAUUCAGACACAUUUGUUAAAGGUCAAGAGAAAAUGAUACUUCCAUUGCAAUCUUUAGCAAGUUACAGUUGCCUUUGCCUGGACUACCUCCCAACUUAGCUUUUGGCCAGGAUCUUGUUAUGAGUUGAAUUGUGUUUCCCUAAAUUCUUAUCUUGAAGUCCUAAACCUUAGUAUUUCAGAAUGUAUAUUUGGAGAUGAGGUCUUUGAGUAGUUAAAGUGAAGUCGUUAGGGUGGACUCUAAUCUAGUCUGACUCAUGUCCUUAUAAGAGGGUUGAUUAGGGCAGAGAGCACACGGAGAGACCAUGUGAGGACACAGCAAGAUGGCAGCAAUUUGUAAGCCAAGGAGAGACGCCUCAGGAGAAACCAAACCUGGCAACACCUUGAUCUUGGAUUUCUAACCUCCAGAACUAUGAGAAGAUAAAUUCUGUUGUUUGAAUCACUCAGUCUAUGGUAUUUUGUGUAUCAGCCCAGCAAGCUACUAUGGAUAUUCCUCAAGACUCAGCUGAAGCUUCUCACCUCCUUGGUGGUUAAGGCCGUGAUCUUCAGGGACAAACUGGAUGGCCAUCCUGACCUGGUGCCCAACAUCCUGGCCUGGCAGGACAUGAUCCAGAAUUCCCCUCCUUGGCUAAAACCCUUUUUACCCCCCAAAGUGCACAACUCGGCUGAAGGAAAGACGGAGUCACCUCAAGAAGCUGGCUUCAGGGACAGGUAAGGAGGAUGGCCCUGGUCCCUGUCGGGAGUGCCCUAAGCUGAACAAAAACCAAUGUGCUUAUUGCAAAGAAGAGGGCCAUUGGGUGAAAAACUGCCCUAACAAAAGAUCUAAGGCCCCUGCCAAGAUCUCGCAAAUGGAGAACUUGGGACGAUUAGGGGAUUUGGGGUUUGGCACCCCUCCCCGAGCCCAGGGUAACUCUUAAAGCGGAGGGGCAACCUGUUGAAUUCCUAGUGGACACUGGGGCAAAACAUUUGGCUUUAUUACAUCCCCAAGGGAAAUUGCCAAACAAGACUUCAUGGGUGCAAGGGGCCACGGGCACCAAACAGUACUCAUGGACUACCCGAAGAACUGUGGAUCUCGGCAUGGGCUGGGUAUCCCACUCCUUCAUGGUCAUCCCUGAGUGUCCCUACCCAUUGUUAGGUUGGGAUUUGCUCACCAGGAUGGGGGCACAAAUUUGCUUCUACCCCUAAGGGGCAAAAGUCCUAAACAAGGAAGGGCACCCGAUUCAGGUGCUUGUCCUGAGUUUAGGAGACAAAUAUCGUCUCCACCAAAUGCCCUCAACCCCAAUGACUGACAUUGACCGUUGGCUGCAGGAAUUUCCCCAAGCAUGGGCAGAAGCUGGGGGAACUGGGUUGUCCGGGCACUGACCGGCCAUAUACAUAGAACUAAAGCUAGGGGCAGACCCUGUCAGGGUCCGCCAAUACCCCAUGCCUCUCGUCUCCCUAACCCAGACUGGGACACCCCUCUGCAUGACUGUCUAGAAAUUUUGGCACAGGUGCACGAAAUCAGAGCUGAUCUCCAGGACCAGCCACUGCCGAAUGCAGACGUCACCUGGUGGUACACGUCGGCAGCAAUUUUGUCCAAGAAGGAGUCAGAUACUCCGGAGCAGCUGUAACCAUGGAAACGGAGACCAUCUGGGCGGAGCCACUGGCAGCUGGAAGGUGGGCUCAAUGGGCAGAACUGACCGCACUGGCCAAGGCUCUGACCAUGGGGGAAGGUAAACGAAUAAACAUCUACACCGACAGCAGGUACGCCUUCGCCACCGCUCACAUCCAUGGAGCCCUUUACAGGGAGAGAGGGCUCCUGACCGCAGAGGGAAAGACUGUUAAAAACCAAACGGAGAUUCUCGAACUCCUGAGGGCCCUCUGGCUGCCCAAGGCCCCAGCCGUCAUCCACUGUCCGGGGCAUCAAAAGGCAGACACACCAGUAGCCAGGGGAAACUGGCUAGCUGACUUAAAAGCAAAGGAGGCGACCCUUUUGGUGACCCAGGUCUUAACAACCACGCUACCCGAUCUGGGGGCACCGACCCUGCCCAACACCCCCAACUAUACUGAUGCGGACUUACACUGGAUCAAACACUUGCCUAUGACCCAUUGCUUGCGUGGCUGGUGGAGGGCCGCAGACUCCAGCAUCAUCCUGCCAGAGGAACUGGGACGGCGAGUCCUAUCCAAAAUACAUCGGAGUACUCACAUGGGGACAAGGAAGGUGGAAGACCUCAUACGACAUGCAAAGAUUGAGCAGAUUGUGGCAAGCUGCCACGCAUGCCAAUUAACUAAUGUCACCACCCAUGGAUCUAACCUGGGCACCCGGCUCUGAGGGGACCGCCAGGAUCCUACUGGGAAGUGGACUUAACUGAGGUAAAACCUGGAAAAUACAGAUACAGGUAUUUAGUAGUGUUUGUAGAUACUUUUU